AUGGAAAUAUCGGAGAAUUGCUCUGUCAAAGUCGCUCUUCACAUUCGUCCUCUCAUUUCCGAUGAACGACAGCAAGGUUGCAUUGAAUGUGUUUCCGUCACGCCAGGGAAACCUCAGGUCCAAAUUGGGUCACAUUCCUUUACUUUUGAUUAUGUCUAUGGAAAUGGUGGAUCUCCUUCUGUUGACAUGUUUGAGGAAUGCAUUGCUCCAUUGAUUGAUGGCUUAUUCCAGGGAUAUAAUGCUACAGUACUUGCCUAUGGUCAGACAGGAUCUGGGAAAACGUAUACCAUGGGGACUGGCUAUAAUGACAAUUGUCGGACUGGAUUAAUUCCUCAGGUUAUGAAUGCCUUAUUCAAUAAAGUUGAAACACUAAAGCAUCAAGCAGAAUUUCAGUUGCGAGUCUCCUUCAUUGAGAUUUUGAAGGAAGAGGUCAGGGACCUGUUGGAUAUGGUAUCUAUGGGCAAAUCAGACACCUCUAACUCUAAUGGCCAUUCUGGAAAAAUAACUUUUCCUGGGAAACCAUCAAUACAAAUCCGUGAAACAGCAAAUGGAAUAAUAACACUUGCAGGAAUAACUGAAGUUGCUGUAAGUACAUUACAUGAGAUGUCUGCAUACUUGGAGCAAGGUUCUUUAAGUAGGGCAACAGGAAGUACAAAUAUGAACAACCAGUCCAGUCGGUCGCAUGCCAUUUUCACAAUUACAUUAGAACAAAUGCACAAGCUCCACUUUGUUUCUACCACCAAUGACUCGUCAGAUGAGGAUAUGGGUGAAGAAUACCUUUCAGCAAAGCUCCAUUUAGUAGAUCUAGCUGGAUCUGAACGAGCUAAAAGAACAGGUUCUGACGGUCUUCGUUUGAAAGAAGGCAUACACAUCAAUAAAGGUCUUCUUGCUCUUGGUAACGUCAUAAGUGCACUGGGGGAUGAAAAAAAGCGGAAGGAAGGUGUGCAUGUUCCUUAUCGUGAUAGCAAACUCACUCGACUCUUACAGGAUUCACUUGGUGGAAACAGCAAAACUGUCAUGAUAGCUUGCAUAAGUCCUGCCGAUGUCAAUGCCGAGGAAACCCUUAACACUCUCAAGUAUGCAAACCGUGCUCGCAAUAUUCAAAAUAAGCCCGUUGUUAAUCGAGAUCUAAUAUCUGAUGAGAUGCAACAAAUGCGCCAGCAGUUGAAGUACUUGCAGGCUGAACUCUGUUCUCGGGGAGCAGCUCCUGUCGAUGAAGUGCGGGUUCUUAAGGAAAGGAUUGCUUGGCUUGAGGCAACUAAUGAGGACCUUUACAGAGAACUUCAUGAAUAUCGCAGUAGAUGUGCUUUUGUAGGGAGAUGUGAAAUCGAUGAACCGGCAGAUGGAAACAUUUAUCUCAUGAAAGCUGAUGGGCUUGAGAGACCCUUUCAGAGCUUAGAUUCAUCUGACCAUCCCAUGGUUGGAAGUAUAUCAGGUGAUGAUUCAAAGGAAACUGAUGAAGCGGCAAAAGAGUUGGAGCAUGUGCUAUUACAAAAUACCAUGGAUAAAGAGAUGAAUGAGUUGAAUAAGCGAUUGGAGCAGAAAGAGUCUGAGAUGAAGCUCAUUGCAGUUGAUACUGAGGCACUUAAACAACACUUCGGGAAGAAAAUUCUGGAACUUGAGGAGGAGAAAAGGAAAGUUCAGGAAGACAGGGACAGAUUAUUGCAUGAGGUACAGAAUCUUUCUGCUAAUUCAGAUGGACUAGCACACAAAACACUAGAUGUUCGAGGCCAAAAGUUGAAAGCUUUGGAAGCACAGAUUUUAGACCUGAAGAAGAAACAAGAAAGCCAGGUGCAAUUAUUAAAGCAAAAGGAGAAGAGUGAAGAAGCUGCAAAAAGACUGCAGGCUGAGAUACAGUAUAUCAAGGCUCAGAAGGUUCAGUUGCAGCAUAAAAUUAAACAAGAAUCUGAACAAUUUCGACAAUGGAAAGCUUCUCGGGAGAGGGAGCUGCUCCAGAGGAGUUUCAAUGUGCCUUACUGUGAUCAAUUUGAGGCCCUAUUGAGCACACCCUUCAAUAUCUGUGCUAUGUCUCAAAGCAUAUGGCACGCCGGAUUUUUGUUGAAUGUUUUGAAAAAGGAGGGAAGAAAGAACGAGUAUGAACGACAUAAACUUGAGGCUCUAAACCAUCGCCAGAAAAUGGUUCUUCAAAGGAAGACAGAGGAAGCAACAAUGGCUACAAAAAGGCUAAAAGAAUUGUUGGAAGCCCGCAAAUCUUCCCCCCGUGACAACUCUGUUUAUUCAAAUGGACAUCUACAUCAAGGGCUGGUCAAUGAAAAAUCCCUCCAGAAGUGGCUUGAUCAGGAGCUGGAGGUCAUGGUACACGUGCAUGAAGUUCGUGCUGAAUUUGAAAAUCAAAAUCAAGUACGAGCUGCAAUGGAAGAAGAGUUGGCUUUAUUAAAGCACGAUCAGUUUUCAGAUGGGCAGAGUAUUCCCAUAGGAAAGAGCAGAUAUUUGAGGCUGUUAUCCAUGUCGCCAGAUGCAAAAGUUGAGAGAAUAGCUUCUCUUGAGAACAUGCUGUGCAUGUCUUCAGUUGCUUUGAAAGCCAUGGCUUCACAGCUUACUGAGGCAGAAGAAAGGGAACGCACGUUAAACAACCGUGGUCGUUGGAACCAGCUACGCUCAAUGGGAGAUGCAAAGAAUGUGCUUCAGUAUUUGUUCAAUGCUAUUGUAGAAGCAAGGUGCCAAUUGUUGGAAAAGAAUAUGGAACUUAAGGAUUUGAAAGAGCAACUAAAUGAGCUUGUAGCACUACUACAACAAAGUGAAGCCCAAAGAAAAGAACUUGUAAAGGAGCAAAAAAUAAGGGAACAAGCUUUUGCCAACACAUUGAAUACACCGUCAUUGGAAAAUUCACGGUCCUUGAAACACCUUGCGGAUGAAAUGAGUGGUCCGUUGUCUCCAAUGUCACUUCCUGCACCAAAGCAACUCAAGUUCACCCCUGGAGUUGUUAAUGGGUCUGUCAUGGAGUCGGCUACUUUUUUAGAUGAAGCACGAAAGAUGAUACCAAUUGGGGAGUUGUCAACAAAGAGGCUAGCAGCUAUGGGACAAGCCGGAAAACUUUGGAAGUGGAAGAGAAGUCAUCAUCAAUGGCUGAUACAAUUUAAAUGGAAGUGGCAGAAGCCCUGGAAACUCUCAGAAUGGAUCAAACAUAGUGAUGAGACAAUUAUGAGGUCAAGGCCUCGAGCACAAGCUUUAAUUAAUGUGAUAUGA